UCGUACAUACGAAUGUAGAAUCAAUCUCAGUAAUGAAUUUUUAGCCGAAUAUUUAUGUGAUACGAGUCCAAUUGACUGCUAUGUACUCGUUCAUCACUGCUUUCUCAAAGUCUGCCUGGGUAGACGGAUUGGGUGACCUUGUCCUCGUCCACGGGACAAGUGUAGUUAGUUGGCAACGUUGAAGAUAAGAAAUAAUCCGAGUAUUUUCCACCUCGUGCUAUUUUUUUCUAGAUUUUAAUCGCAUCAAAACUUUUUUUUCUUGCUGGGGGUUGCUCUCUCUCUCUCUCUGGAAAAGAAUGGCUCGUAAUUCCACCAGCUAUUAAUUUACUACCAGCUAUACAUUGGUUAUUUGGAGAGUGUAGUGUUUUGGCUGGUGGUGGUGGUGGCGAGUGAGUUAGUGGCGUGGGUGAUGAAAGGGUGGACACAUACGUAUCUGCAAGAGAGUCAUCAUUUUACUAGUGGGAAACGAACGAGGGGGAUAAUUGACACUUCCGCAAUUUAAGUCAGUCAUGGUUGAUAGAGAAGGUCCACCACAUACGGGAUCGUACGGGAGAAGCGAAUUGUCCUCCAAGUGGUCAAGUGGUCCCUCCUCGUCGUCCCAAUAACCAACGACUGACUCUCUUCACCACCACCAGUACGUCCGACCCCAUGUCUUGGGCGAGUUCCACUUUGAAAAACCAUCCUCCGCUGGACUCACUCACAUAAAGACGGACCAACUAAUUGUUCCGUAGGAGGUUGUAUAAUUAACUCUGCUUGGGUGUGGUUCGUGUGUUCUGAUAAGCAAGCCAGGGUGGAAAUUUACUGAUAAGCAUAAAUUUUGUGGGGGGAGAAAAGCCGUGAUUUUCUUCUUUUUUUAAAUUUCCACCACUUUCUACCCAUUUCUCUGAUACUGCCCAAGGUUGGAAUCGUUCAGACGUGCGGUUGUGUCGGUGAGGUGAAGCUGAUCUCGAGCUGUCUGCUGCCGUGGUGGUUGUGAGAUGAGCGAGAAGCUGUCGGGGGAAGCAAAAGGAUUUACAAUGGAAAUGAACCAAUUUGGUGGUGGGAAUGACUCCUCAUCGCCCAAGAUGAGCAACGCGAUUGCAGCCCAACUUAACGAGGAGGCGGGCAGUGGGGGUGGCAAGGUGGCUUCGGGCGAUAAGGAUGACGACGUCCCCCUCCGGGGAAGCUGGUCUUCCAAACUUGACUUCAUCAUGUCCACCGUCGGACUCGCCAUUGGUCUCGGCAAUGUCUGGCGAUUUCCUUACCUAUGUUAUAAGAACGGGGGUGGUGCAUUCUUGGUGCCGUAUAUCCUAACGGUGAUCAUGGCCGGGAUCCCGAUGUUCUUCAUGGAGCUAGCGGUAGGACAAUUCUUAACCAUUGGCGGGCUUGGUGUAUGGAAAAUCACUCCAAUUUUCAAAGGUGUGGGCUAUGCCGCUGCGGUCAUGUCCUGCUGGAUGAACGUGUACUACAUCGUCGUCCUUGCCUGGGCGAUCUUCUAUUUCUUCAUGUCGUUCAGUACAACUCUGCCCUGGAGAGACUGUGGAAACUCAUGGAACACGAACCUCUGUCUGGGUCAGAACUUUAAACGGGAGGACUUUUGUCGGAGCAGGUUCGAAAAUGGGAUAAACACGACCUUCUGCACGGUUGCGGGACAAACCCUCCCCAUCAAAAACUUUUCCGACCCGGUCAAGGAAUUCUGGAACCGCCGAGUGCUCGACAUCUCUUCGGGGAUCGACGACUUGGGCGAGGUGCGUUGGGAGCUGGCCGGAACGCUGCUCAUCGUCUGGAUCAUGGUGUACUUUUGUAUCUGGAAAGGUGUCAAGUGGACGGGAAAGGUGGUCUACUUCACGGCCCUGUUCCCCUACGUCCUCCUCACGAUCCUCCUCAUUCGAGGCAUCACACUGCCCGGCGCCUUCCUCGGCAUCAAGUUCUACCUCAUGCCCGACCUCUCCAAACUGGGCGACUCCCAAGUCUGGGUCGACGCCGUGACACAGAUCUUCUUCUCGUACGGGCUCGGACUUGGAACUCUCAUUGCGCUCGGGUCCUACAACAAGUACAAUAACAACGUGUACAAGGAUGCAUUGAUUGUGUGUUGUGUCAACUCGUCGACGUCGUUCUUUGCGGGGUUCGUUAUCUUCUCGGUGGUUGGAUUCAUGGCGCACACACAAAACAAGCCGGUGGCCGAGGUGGCAGCGUCAGGUCCCGGCCUUGCAUUUUUGGUGUAUCCGUCGGCCGUGCUGGAACUCCCGUGGCCCAGUUUUUGGUCCUGUCUCUUCUUCUUUAUGCUGCUCUUGAUCGGAUUAGACUCGCAGUUUUGCACCCUCGAGGGCUUCAUCACUGCGAUGGUGGACGAGUGGCCGCGCUACCUGCGACCUCGCAAGGAAAUCUUUAUCGCCGUUGUGUGCACCUUCUCAUACUUGAUCGGGCUCGCGUGUGUGACGAGGGGCGGAAUGUACGUGUUUCAACUGAUCGACUCCUACGCGGUGAGUGGGCUGGUGCUCUUGUGGGUCAUAUUUUUCGAAUGUAUCGCAUUCUCUUGGGCGUUUGGCGUGAAUCGAUUCUACGAAGCGAUCCGAGACAUGAUUGGAUACUAUCCGUUCGCAUGGUGGAAGUUUUGCUGGGUCGUGUCCACUCCGGCGAUCUGUUUUGGCGUCUUUCUCUUCAACAUAAUCCAAUGGUCUGAGAUCAAAUACUUGGAUUACCGAUACCCAUGGCCGGCCCAUUUGUUCGGAUGGUUCUCCGCAAUGACGACGAUGAUCUGUAUUCCUGCCUAUGCGAUUUGGAUAUGGCGCAGAACUCCGGGCGAUUUCCAAACGAAAUUCAAUCUGUUAGUAAGACCACAAAUCAAUUUGGAGGACAUUAGAGGACCCGGAACCGCCCUGACAUCGGAUAUUACGACACUUUAAUUUCCUUAAACAUGCAAAUUAUGCGUCCCUCCCUAUAUCUUUUUCUAUUAAUGUGUGUACUACUAUACAAGUUAUUACAAGUAUCGAUAUUAUUAUGAGUUGUUCAUUAGUUUACUGCUAGGAGUAUCAUCCAGGUCAUCAUCUAGGUCGUGUAGGUCAUAUUUAGCUUAUAAAUAUUUACAGCUGCAUUUUUAACCUAAGAGACGACGACAAUUAUUAAAUACAUAUUUAGAAGAAAUAUUUAGGGAAUAGCCGACAGUUGAAUGUGACCGUGUGCGUGAAUAAGUAGUUAAUUAAAUUGUGACCAUUUGUGAAAUAUACAUGUUCUUAAUAAUUAGAUAAGGUAGCUCUUACUCGCCAAGUGUCAUCUUGCCCCGUCUGUCUCAUCUCACCUUUUCCCUUCUUUCUAGUCUCACUUUUCCACUUUUCUCUGACUUUGCCAAUCUUUCACGUCGUAUUCUUCUUCUUCUUCUUCUUGGCUAGCCGUGUAUAAAAAUAAGUAGCUUUUAAAAUACGUUGUAAGUGGCACAAAGUCAAGUGCGAACGACAAUCCGAAACUCUUCCAGUUUUUAUUGCCUCCAUCUCAUCAUCAUUUUGGUGACGAUAUUGUGACGCAAUUGUACAGGUAAAUCUUAGUCGUGAUCUAUUUUUCGCUAAUUCUGGUCUUCUAAUUCUGUCUCGUUUACAUAUGUAAGAUUCUGAAAUUUUUAGAUAAAUGAUCUAGUUUUCUGCCCCUUGUAAUUCUGUCUCGUUUCUGAAAUUAUUUCAUUUUUCGUAACCCUUCUCUCUCUUCUUCGUAUACUUGUCUUGUUCUUUUUAUCCUGUAAACGUUUCACUUUUUUUACUCUGUUCUACAUAAUUCUCGAGUUUUUCUUCCAACUAAUUUCAUAUUUUUCAUGUCUCUACGUCAAUUUCUACUACUAACAGUUUACUCUCUUUUUGUCUCAUCUUGCCUCCUUUCAUAUCUUUUUUCUCUCAACCUACAAUCUAAUUUCUCCUACAUUUUUCUUCACCUCGUUAAAAAUAUCUGUUUUCUUGUUAUUCCACUUCCCCAAAAUUAUUUACUUUACUUCACGUGCAAAUUUUGAGUUACUUAAACUUGUGGCUUUUAUUUUAACUCUACAUAAAAAUAUCGCUAACUAUAAAACUAUUCUUGUCUCAUAUUUGUAAGCUAACCAUAUCCUUACUCAGAAUUGACUAGUUUUAUAAGAAUAUACUACCAACAUUAUUAUCAUUAAGGUAUUAAAUAUUACGUCUGUAACUAUCUCAAUAUUUAGCGUACAGAAUUUCAAAGCUAAUCGUGAUUACUUACUAAAAAUGUGGUAUGGAUGGAUGAAAUGAAUGUGAAAGUUGUGUAGUGAGAGGUAGUCGAAGUUAAUUAAUUGGCCAGUUAGUUCAUAGGUUUACAAAUUAUGCUAAUUAACUAAUUAUUUCCCUUAACCAGCUAAUAAAUUUCCUAUCUCUCUCUCUCUCUCUCUCUGCAGAUAAUUUAGAAAUCUUAGUGACUCAUUUCCGGUUGUGUCUGAAAAACCUUCGUUGUUUAUGUUUAAUCUGGUCUCAUCGUUGUUAUCAAAUAUUUCUGUUAUUAUUACUUCUCUGAUUUUUUAAUAUUAUUAUUCAUGCUUAAUUACAAGUUAAAUAUUAUUAGCUAAUUUGUAUUAACUAGUUAAAUGAAAUGUGUAUAAUGAUUCAUUUUCAGAAGGUGUUUAAGUGAUGUUGUAUUUAAUAGAUUUUAAUUGUUUCUAUUUUUAGGGCUCAAAUUUAUCCAUGAUGAUUUAGUAUGAUUAUUAUGAUGGCGAUGAUUUGGUGUAUUUGUUUUGUUGCGAGUGCUGCUUUUUGAAUUUAUUCUGUAACACGGUGGUUUUUAUUUCUAAUAAAAUCGACAAACUUUCUUUUUA